UCAGCGACAAAGAGGCAGAAACGGCGGUGUGCGGCUCUCCCAAUCGUACAAUUUCGUUUUUCAAUUUUGCAUCACAUAUCGCUGUUAGACUCUCCGGCUCAGCAAAGUACUCGAUCGCGUUCAUUCUUUUUUUCGCGCACCACCAAUUUCCCCACGACUUGCCCCUCGGUCGACGAAUUUCCAAACGGCAACGCGCCAUAACCUAUCCACAGGCCGACAGUCAUCGCGUGUGCUCGCUUUCGCCGGCUUGAUAAUGGCAAUGAACGACGAUUUCAAUUUCAACGAGCUCUGCAGACUUUGCUCACUCAAGGGCAAUCAUCCAUUUCAAAUAUUCGACAAGGAAGGCGAACAACGACAGCUGCUCUUUAAAAUACACUCUUGCAUUCCUGCUGUGAUAUCGAAGGAAGAUUCACUGCCAAAAUAUGUCUGUCAGAAAUGCGUCCACAAGAUAGACAUGUUCUAUGAGUUUCGUAUCAACUGCAUGGCUACGAAUACAAUCCUAAAGAAUUACGCAGAUAGUAUGAAACACCUCGCUAUAGCAGUUAGUAGUCAAGUUGCAGACAAAGACAAGAUGUCAAACAACGGGCAGCAGCAGCAGCAGCAACGCUCGUCCUACGUGGAAGCGCAUGCUGUGGCGCACGCGGCAUUGCAGCAGCACAUGGCCCAACAGGCCGCACAAGCGAGGCUAACCGGACCUGGGCCGCCCGCGGCCCCGCAACCUUCGAACCCCACGUUCACCCUGCCCGACGACGGACUCGGCUAUGAUGACGGAGUGCGGGUACUGCGUUCCAUCGGGACCUGGUCACCGGAUUAUCCAACCGCGAUGCGUGCUGGUGGUGUGAUGUCCACGUUUCCUAGUGCAACGGACUCGCAGUUCGGCAGCAGAGCCCCGGUGAUGAAUCAGCCCUUACGAACGACGAACAACGUACAGGUCCGUCCGGGCUCCGUUUCGAAGGCGACCAAUACAGGCGAGCCCACGACGAAAGCAUUCGCCUGCACCGUGUGCGGCAAAGGACUCGCUCGCAAAGACAAACUUGUCAUACACAUGCGCAUACACACCGGGGAGAAGCCGUACACCUGCGAAGUGUGCGGCAAAGCGUUCUCACGUCGAGACAAGCUGGUCAUCCACAUGAACAAACUUAGACACAGACCCGGCGUCGCACCUCUGUCGACGCCUACCGCACCGAGCUCCAAUCAACAGCAUCAGCAGCAACAGCAACAAGCGCAGCAGCAACAGCAGCAACCACCUCGUCAGGAUGCCAUUCACAAGCCGAAGGAGGAGCCAGGAAAUUUUGUCUGUGACGUGUGUGGGCGAUCGUUCGCCAACAGAGAUGACUGGAUGCAGCACGCUCGGUCUCAUCUGGACACGUCUGCGCCGCCACAGCAUGCCGCUCAUUAUUUCACCGGAUCCGCGCCGCCCCCACAACCCUACACUUCCGAGAGGCAUUUUUGCUUAGUGUGCCGCACCGACUUCACGGAUAAAACCGAAUUCAUGUUUCACGUGCGCACGCACUUCGGGGUCUCGCAAGCGGCGGCACAGCAGCAAGGCGCGAACGGUAAACAGGGCAGCGAUCCAGCGGCAGCCGAUCUCAUCGCCCGCGGGCUCGUUGAUCCCACCGGCUUAUGCAGCUAGAAUUACUCCUCCUGCCAUUACGUACCGUCGAUCCGUGUCUUACCAUAGUACAAGUUCUCUGCUCCAUUUCGACCAGAUUUUUCGCAUUUAGGGUGUCAUGGAUAUUGUGAUUUUAAUGAAUUUAUAUACUGAUUUGUCGAUAAUAGAUACACAGUAGUACGAUAAACAUCGCGAAUAUGAGUGGACCGGCGUGCUAUUUGUUUAUCUAGUUUACUUUCUGUGCAUCAGACAAUUAUGCAGCCUUACGGUCCCUUUAUAAGUUUGUAGAAUUAUUUCGUAAGAUCUUUAUGAAGAUUCUCUUGGUAAAUUCGUAAUUGUAACUGUUGCAUAAAAUAGCGACGGUUACCUUUAUGUCUCAGAUUAGUACUGUUCUAUCGUUGACCAUAAGAUAAGUAAAAGAUAAAUACUGCAAUCAUUAAUCAAUAAUUCGAUGGACUUAAUCGUUUUAAGAAAUGUCGAUUGACAUUCGAGUCCAAUUAUUGAUGAUUUGUGCAUUUGUAACAAGUUGAAAUUGUUCUUUUGACCGUGAUUUGAGCGCGCGCUGUGUAGAAGAAGAAUUUUAUCCAAUUUUAGUUGAAUCUUUUUCUUAGUUUGAAAUAUAAGUUUUUGAAUAAACAAUUUUAUACUCUUCAAGAUAUGUUUUUUUAUACCUCGCUUCGCAGGAGUAAUUAUUGCUGAAAUAACUGUUUGCCCGCAUCGUGACACACGUGACAUAUCAUGGAUAACGCUUUGUGAAAUUAUUAUUAAUUUCGGGAACUUGCUACUGUGUAUCUUUUAAUACGAUAUAAAGCCAAGUUAUCAAGAAAACGAAAUUUAAGUACCGACGUGAUAUUGAUUUAUGAUAACAGUACACUAUUGCGUCAGUACUUAAAAACGAUCAUUUUAUAGUAAACGUUCCUACAUAGCUAGCUUCCCAUCAUCUGUAGAUACCAGUAGUAUCUCUAACGUAAAAGUUUGUUCUCAAUGCUAUUAUAUUUUUUUACUUGCAUAUGUCUGUACGUUUGAUUGACGCACUGCAACGUUAUUAUUUAGAGAAUUUAUUAUUUCAAUGCUAUCGUUAUCCUUAUAACAUACAUAUAUGGAAAUUGUAAGAAAAAAAGGCGAAUUAUAUAUUAUCGAGGUUGAGUAAAUUAGAACCUCAUAAGCGCCAAUGUGAGCCAAACGCGAGAUGCGAGUCACAAUGAAAAUAAGUAUUUGAAUAUUCAGUUUGUGUCGAAAUAGUUUUCCAUCCGCAAAUAAUGUAUUUCUGCAGUCAGCAAUUAAGCAAUCGCAUUAAGCAUUUUUUAUUUUGCGCUCGACUCACAUUGACACAUAGUUUGCUCAAGUUUGAUUUUGUAAUGAGCUAUUGUUUUACCUUUGGGAUCAAUGUCGUCUAUUAUUAAUAUGUAUCAUUGAUUAUUACUCUGUAAUCAAAAAAUUAAUCAUGUUUUAUAUUAAGUUUAUUUAAAUUCGAUUUCAAUCUCAUCCAUUGGCUAUUCAUCCGCAUGUGUUGUGACGUGCUAGCGUCGUGUACAGCGGUUUCGCCGAAACUUCAUGAUCUUCCAAUGGCAGUGCAUUUCAUGAAUGUAUUGCUCGUUUGUACACCAAACGUAAAUUACCGCUGUAGUGGUAUAGCACAAACGUUGGCGACAAGUCAUGCAAUUGAUCGAAGCUUGCGCUAGCUAACGUUUUUCGACGUCUGCAGCAACGUUUCUCAUAUGAUACUCGGGACAAACGCGACGUUCGUAUCAUAUUAUUGAUUGGUUUUAGUGCGAAUAGGAUUGUUUUAUUGCUGUUUUUUUUUUUUCUUCUCUUGGCGUGCUUAUUUUUUAUUGUUAUGAUUAUCCUUGUUACCUAAAGUGUAAUGUACUGCAUGUACUUAGUCAGGGAUUAGGGAGUCCACAUUUUUAUUUAGUUGUUACACGUACAAGGAAAAAGAGAACGCACGCGAAUGUGCGUGUUUUCGAGCGGUUAUAAUGCCUACGAUCACUGGUGAAACUACAACACACACGUACACGCUGAUAUAUACUGUGUGGUGAGGUACGAAGAAAGCUAGCUCCCACUUUCGAGACACUUUGCUCUCCCAUAUAUUUUAUCUGAAUUUCGGAUAUCGAGUCGUGAUCGCGUACGAGUCAGGAGACGGUACCAUCGUUCUGUGAAGAGAGAACGCGAGAGAAGCACAGAUAUACAAAUAUAUCCAUUAUCGCAACGGGAACUUGACGACAAUAAUCGUUCGGGUUUCGUUUCGCGGCAGCCGAAUACGAAUUGAGCGCGUCAACGUAUCGGCCAUACAUCCGGGCGUCUCUGAAUCGUGAGUUUGCAUUGCGAACAAACUGCAUCUUCCAGAAGGUGAGAGGUACGAAACGAAAAAGAACACCCGAUGAGAUCCGCUUGUUACGGCGCUUAAAUUUUUUCUCGUCUACCUAGAGAGUAGUGUCCUCCAUAAGAUUAAUCAGUAAAAAAACGAAAAAAAAAA